AUGCGGCCAGUACUGUUCCAGUUCUAUACCGUCGAGACGGUGAUCAACAUAAUGCUGAUGGGCUACCAUAUACGCGGCUUCAUGUCGCUGGAUCUGAGCUUCCUGCCACCGAAGGACCAAACCCCAUACUACUUCUAUACGGCCACCUUCUAUGUCUUUACCACGCUCAAUAUGUUUGCCAGCAUUGGUGCGUGCACCGGCCACGAGUCGGUGCUGCUGGAGGAGAUCCUACGCACGCUCACUGGCUGCAUAUUGUACAUGAUUAUCUCGCUGAUGACGCUCAAGGAUGUGGAGAAUGAUUUCCAUAUGAUGUACAUUGGCAUGGGCGAUCCCAAUCUGCCGGAGCAGCCUGUGCAUCCGUUCUUUGCCUAUCUACGCUCACAGGCGGUGUAUUCGCUGGUCUGCAGCAUCAUCUAUCUGCUGCACUGUCUCAUUGUCGUUGACGUAAUGCUGUCGUAUGAGGAGGGCGAUUAUCGAAUGUAUGACACAUCCGAUGAAUCAGACGGGGAGGAUAUUGGUUUCAUACCCGUACGCUUAUAUUUUUGUGGUGCCUAUGUACAGGAGCGCCUCGAACAAUAUCGCUGGUUUCGUGAAUUCUCGCAUGGCGGACGCAUGAGCGUCUAA